GCAGGCAGGAGCGGUUCUUAGGACGCCGAGCCCGGCAAGCGGAAGGCGGCGGGCUCGGCGAGCGGCGGCGGCGACCGAGGUGGGCGGCGGCGCGGCCAAGGAAGGCGCAGGGGCGGCCGCAGCUCCUCCCGCCGGGGCGGUCGGCAAGCUCCGGGCUUCCGAGGGGGCCCCGAGCCCCCGGGGCCGGGGCUGCUCUCCGGGCUCUCGGUGCGUCUCGCCGAGAGCUCUGGCCAGGGCGCGGCGGAGGGCAGAGCCUCGGGUCUCCAUUCUCGCGCCGGCAGGAGGCUCCGCGCCGGAGCGCCGGCUUCAGCUCGGGUCGCCUAGACCAGCAACCGCCCCCGCCGGCCCGCAACUGGCGUGGACAUGGGCGCGCGGGGCUGUGCCCCGGGCCGCAGCACCCUCAAAGUUUGCUAGCCCCCGGGCGCGGAACCGAGGGACACCCGGUCCCGAAGCCCCCGGAGAGGACCCAGAAUCUCCGGACUCGGCGCGAGGGCGGUGGAGCCGAAAAGGGUGGCUCGGCCCCGCCAGAUACCGCCCGCAAAGUUAGAGAAGAAAACUUCAGCUCCAGGGAGAUUCGGACCGUUAUGCUAACCGCGCCCCCCGACACUGACGCCCCUGAACCAGCCUCAGCACCCGCGUCUGCCGCCGCGCUCGCCUCAGAACGGGCCCCGGGGACCGGGCGCCAGCAACCACGGUGACUGCGUGGGCCCGGAGAGCCCUACCAGGGGCGGGGAGGGGCGGGGGGCGGGCAACGUGGCCACCGGAGGAAGUUUCCUGAAGUUGUCCGCCGAUUCCGGAGCUCGGCCGGCGACCCGGCCGGAUCGCGGAGGCCGCCUUGGCUGGGAGAAGAAGUCGGAGUUGGGGUGCUAAGGGAGGCAGGCGCCCGGAGACCCAGAGGGCGGCCCUGCCUCUUUCUCUUUGCUUGCCCCUCUCCUUCCGGGCGCGCCGCCGGCAUCAGACUCGGACAGCAGAGGAGGAAGGACUGGGGUCGCCAGCGCGGGUCCUCCCAGGCACAGUACGCCUGGGACCCAGAGCCGCGUAGACAGUCUCCCGGGACCAAGCCGCGGGGCACCGGACCCCACGAGGAUUAUAGAGCAGGACGGAGGGGAAGGAGACCCCGGAGGACCCCCUCCGGGCCGGCCACCAUGUGGAGGCUGCUGAUCUGGACUCUGCUGGCUCUGUAUCGGAUCCCGGAGGCCGGAGCCCAAGAUGACGUGCCGCCCUACUUCAAGACAGAGCCUGUGCGGACCCAGGUGCACCUGGAGGGCAACCGCCUGGUGCUCACCUGCAUGGCCGAGGGCAGCUGGCCCCUGGAGUUCAAGUGGCUGCACAACAGCAGAGAGCUGACCAGGUUCUCCCUGGAGUACAGGUACAUGAUCACCAGCCUGGACCGCACCCACGCUGGCUUCUACCGCUGCAUCGUGCGUAACCGGAUGGGGGCCCUGCUGCAGCGGCAAACGGAAGUCCAGGUGGCCUACAUGGGCAACUUUGAGGAGGGCGAGAAGCACCAGAGCGUCUCCCACGGAGAAGCCGCCGUCAUCCGCGCCCCGCGCAUCGCCAGCUUCCCCCGGCCGCAGGUGACCUGGUUCCGCGAUGGCCGCAAGAUCCCACCCAGCAGCCGCAUAGCCAUCACGCUGGAGAACACCCUUGUCAUCCUGUCGACGGUGGCUCCUGACGCGGGCCACUACUACGUGCAGGCUGUUAAUGACAAGAACGGCGAUAACAAGACGAGCCAGCCCAUCACUCUCGCCGUGGAGAAUGUCGGGGGCCCCGCUGAUCCCAUCGCACCAACCAUCAUCGUCCCUCCCAAGAACACCAGCGUGGUGGCCGGCACCUCGGAGGUGACCAUGGAGUGUGUGGCCAAUGCCAGGCCGCUGAUCAAGCUGCAUAUCAUCUGGAAGAAGGACGGGGUGCUGGUGUCGGGCGGCAUCAGCGACUACAACCGCCGGCUCACCAUCCCCAACCCCACGGUCAGCGACGCCGGCUACUACCAGUGCGAGGCCGUGCUGCGCAGCAGCAGCGUGCCCCCCGCGGCCCGGGGGGCCUACCUCUCCGUGCUGGAACCACCCCAGUUUGUCAAGGAGCCAGAGAGACACAUCACCGCAGAGAUGGAGAAGGUGGUGGACAUCCCCUGUCGGGCCAAAGGUGUCCCGCCGCCCUCCAUCACCUGGUACAAGGACGCCGCCGUGGUGGAGGUGGAGAAGCUGCCCCGGCUCCGGCAGCACGGCGACGGGGGCCUGCAGAUCAGCGGCCUGGUGCCCGACGACACCGGCAUGUUCCAGUGCUUUGCCCGCAACGCAGCUGGCGAGGUGCAGACCUCCACCUACCUGGCCGUCACCAGUAUCGCCCCCAACAUCACCAGGGGCCCCCUGGACAGCACCGUGAUUGACGGCAUGUCGGUGGUGCUGGCCUGUGAGACCUCAGGGGCACCUCGGCCAGCCAUCACGUGGCAGAAAGGUACAUGGAAGAGACCGUCAGAAGGGGAGCGCAUCUUGGCCAGCGGCUCCGUCCAGCUGCCCCGCUUCACGCUGCUGGAGUCGGGCAGCCUGCUCAUCAGCCCCACGCACAUCUCCGAUGCGGGGACCUACACCUGUCUGGCGACCAACUCUCGGGGUGUCGAUGAGGCCUCAGCAGACCUGGUCGUGUGGGCCCGAACCCGCAUCACCAGGCCUCCCCAGGACCAGAGCGUCAUCAAGGGAACCCAGGCCUCCAUGGUGUGCGGAGCCACCCACGACCCCCGAGUGACCAUCAGGUACGUGUGGGAGAAAGACGGGGCCACCCUGGCCAUGGAGGGCAAUCCUCGCAUCCGCCUGGACAAAAACGGCUCCCUGCACAUCUCGCAGACCUGGUCUGGGGACAUUGGCACCUACACCUGCCGGGUGCUCUCAGCUGGUGGCAAUGACUCCCGCAGUGCCCACCUGCGAGUCAGGCAGCUGCCCCACGCCCCCGAGCACCCCGUGGCAACGCUCAGCACCGUGGAGAGGAGGGCCAUCAACCUGACGUGGGCCAAGCCCUUCGACGGCAACAGCCCACUCCUCCGCUACGUCCUGGAGAUGUCCGAGAACAAUGCCCCCUGGACCAUACUCCUGGCCAGCGUGGAUCCAGAAGCCACCUCAGUGAUGGUCAAGGGCCUGGUCCCCGCACGCUCCUACCAGUUCCGUCUUUGUGCCGUCAACGACGUGGGCAAAGGACAGUUCAGCAAGGACACGGAGAGGGUUUCCCUCCCCGAGGAGCCCCCCACGGCUCCUCCACAGAACGUCAUCGCCAGCGGCCGAACCAACCAGUCCAUCAUGAUCCAGUGGCAGCCACCUCCUGAGAGCCACCAGAAUGGGCUCCUCAAGGGCUACAUCAUCAGGUACUGCCUGGCCGGGCUGCCCGUCGGCUACCAGUUCAAGAACAUCACGGACGCCGACGUGAACAACCUGCUGCUGGAGGACCUCAUCAUUUGGACCAACUACGAGAUCGAGGUGGCUGCCUACAACAGUGCCGGGCUGGGCGUCUACAGCAGCAAAGUCACCGAGUGGACACUGCAGGGAGUUCCCACAGUGCCCCCUGGCAACGUGCACGCAGAAGCCACCAACUCCACCACCAUCCGCUUCACCUGGAACGCCCCCAGCCCCCAGUUCAUCAACGGCAUCAACCAGGGCUACAAGCUGAUCGCCUGGGAGCCCGAGCAGGAAGAGGAGGUCACCAUGGUGACUGCCCGGCCCAACUUCCAAGACAGCAUCCACGUGGGCUUCGUGUCGGGGCUGAAGAAGUUCACGGAGUACUUCACCUCCGUGCUGUGCUUCACCACCCCCGGGGACGGGCCCCGCAGCAGCCCCCAGCUGGUGCGCACCCACGAGGACGUGCCCGGGCCUGUGGGACACCUGAGCUUCAGUGACAUCCUGGACACCUCGCUCAAGGUCAGCUGGCAAGAGCCCGGGGAGAAGAAUGGCAUCCUCACAGGGUACCGGAUCUCCUGGGAGGAGUACAACCGGACCAACACCCGCGUGACCCACUACCUGCCGAACGUGACCCUGGAGUACCGCGUCACCGGCCUGACCGCGCUCACCACCUACACCAUCGAGGUGGCCGCCAUGACCUCCAAGGGCCAGGGCCAGGUGUCAGCCUCCACCAUCUCCUCCGGGGUGCCUCCAGAACUCCCAGGAGCCCCCACCAACCUGGGCAUUUCCAACAUCGGUCCCCGCUCCGUGACCUUGCAGUUCAGGCCGGGCUACGACGGGAAGACCUCCAUCUCUCGCUGGCUGGUGGAAGCUCAGGUGGGCGUGGUCGGGGAGGGAGAGGAGUGGCUGCUGGUCCACCAGCUCAGCAACGAGCCCGACGCCCGCUCCAUGGAGGUGCCGGACCUCAACCCCUUCACCUACUACAGCUUCCGCAUGCGCCAGGUGAACAUCGUAGGCACCAGCCCGCCGAGCCAGCCUUCUAGAAAGAUCCAGACCCUCCAGGCACCCCCUGACAUGGCCCCAGCCAACGUGACGCUGCGCACAGCCAGUGAGACCAGCCUGUGGCUCCGCUGGAUGCCCCUCCCUGAGAUGGAGUACAACGGGAACCCCGAGUCCGUGGGCUACAAGAUCAAGUACAGCCGGUCGGACGGCCAGGGCAGGACGCUGAGCCACGUGGUGCAGGACCGGGCGGAGCGGGAGUACACCAUCGAGGACCUGGAGGAGUGGACGGAGUACCGCGUGCAGGUCCAGGCCUUCAACGCCAUCGGGAGCGGGCCCUGGAGCCCCACGGUGGUGGGCAGGACCCGGGAGUCAGUCCCGUCCUCUGGCCCCACCAACGUGUCGGCGCUGGCCACCACCUCCAGCAGCAUGCUGGUGCGCUGGAACGAAAUCCCAGAGGCCGACCGCAACGGGCUUGUGCUGGGCUACAAGGUGAUGUACAAGGAGAAGGACUCCGACUCCCAGCCUCGGUCCUGGCUGGUGGAGGGCAACGCGUCCCGCAGCGCCCAGCUCACAGGCCUGGGCAAGUACGUGCUGUACGAGGUCCAGGUGCUGGCCUUCACACGCAUCGGGGACGGCAGCCCCAGCCACCCCCCCAUCCUGGAGCGGACGCUGGACGAUGUCCCAGGACCACCCAUGGGCAUCCUGUUCCCGGAAGUGAGGACCACAUCCGUGCGACUGAUCUGGCAGCCCCCGGCUGCCCCCAACGGGAUCAUCCUGGCCUACCAGAUCACGCACCGGCUCAACGCGACCACCGCCAACACCGCCACCGUGGAUGUGCUGGCGCCCAGCGCCCGCCAGUACACAGCCACGGGCCUCAAGCCAGAAUCAGUCUACCUGUUUCGCAUCACAGCCCAGACCCGCAAAGGCUGGGGAGAGGCAGCCGAGGCCUUGGUGGUGACCACGGAGAAGAGAGACCGCCCGCAGCCCCCCAGCAAGCCCACCGUGCAGCAGGAGGACGUGAAGGCGCGCAGCGUGCUGCUGUCCUGGGAGCCGGGCAGCGACGGGCUGUCCCCGGUGCGCUACUACACCAUCCAGACCCGCGAGCUGCCCAGCGGCAGGUGGGCGCUGCACUCGGCCUCCGUGAGCCACAACGCCUCCAGCUUCACGGUGGACAGGCUCAAGCCCUUCACGUCCUACAAGUUCCGAGUGAAGGCCACCAAUGACAUUGGGGACAGCGAAUUCAGCGAGGAGUCGGAAUCGCUGACCACCCUGCAGGCCGCCCCGGAUGAAGCACCCACCAUCCUCUCGGUGACGCCGCACACCACCACCUCCGUGCUGAUCCGAUGGCAGCCACCGGCUGAGGACAAGGUCAACGGCAUCCUCCUGGGCUUCCGCAUCCGGUACCGGGAGCUGCUGUACGAAGGCCUGAGAGGCUUCACUCUUCGAGGCAUCAACAACCCCGGGGCCAAGUGGGCGGAGCUCACCUCCUUGUACUCCGUGCGGAACCUGAGCCGGCCCAGCCUCACGCAGUGCGAGCUGGACAACCUGAACAAGCACAGGCGGUACGAGAUCCGGAUGAGCGUGUACAAUGCCGUGGGCGAGGGGCCCCUGAGUCCCCCGCAGGAGGUCUUCGUGGGGGAGGCUGUACCCAUGGCAGCGCCCCGAAACGUGGCAGUCCACGGCACCACAGCCACACAACUGGAUGUGACCUGGGAGCCACCCCCGCUGGACAGCCAGAAUGGAGACAUCCAGGGCUACAAGAUUUAUUUCUGGGAGGCCCAGCGGCAGAACCUCACCGAGCGGGUGAAGACGCUGUUCCUGGCUGAGAACGGCGUGAAGCUCAAGAACCUGACCGGCUACACGGCCUACAUGGUCAGCGUGGCGGCCUUCAACGCCGCAGGGGAUGGGCCGAGGAGCACCCCCACCUGGGGCCAGACCCAGCAAGCAGCCCCCAGCGCGCCCAGCUCAGUCAAGUUCAGCGAGCUGACCACGACCUCAGUGAACGUGUCCUGGGAAGCCCCGCAGUUCCCCAACGGUGUCCUGGAGGGCUACAGGGUGGUCUAUGAGCCCUGCACCCCAGUGGACGGGGUCAGCAAGAUCGUGACGGUGGACGUGAAGGGGAGCAGCCCCCUGUGGCUGCGGGUGAAGGACCUGGCAGAGGGCAUGACCUACAGGUUCCGCAUCAGAGCCAAGACCUUCACCUACGGGCCGGAGAUCGAAGCCAACGUCACCACAGGCCCAGGAGAAGGUGCCCCGGGACCCCCAGGAGUGCCCAUCCUCGUGCGGUACAGCUCUGCCAUCGCCAUCCACUGGUCCAGCGGAGACCCCGGCAAAGGGCCCAUCACCCGCUACGUCAUAGAGGCCAGGCCGUCAGAUGAGGGGCUCUGGGACAUCCUCAUCAAAGACAUCCCGAAGGAGGUGAGCUCCUACACCUUCAGCAUGGACAUCCUGAGGCCAGGCGUGAGCUACGACUUCCGGGUCAUCGCAGUCAACGACUAUGGCUUCGGCACUCCCAGCAGCCCUUCCCAGUCUGUGCCAGCCCAGAAGGCCAACCCCUUCUACGAAGAGUGGUGGUUCCUGGUGGUCAUCGCCCUCGUGGGCCUCAUCUUCAUCCUCCUCCUGGUCUUCGUGCUCAUCAUCCGAGGUCAGAGCAAGAAGUACGCCAAGAAGACAGACUCGGGGAGCAGUGCCAAGUCCGGAGCCCUGGGCCACGGGGAGAUGAUGAGCUUGGACGAAAGCAGUUUCCCCGCCCUGGAACUCAACAACCGCAGGCUGUCCGUCAAGAACUCCUUCUGCCGAAAGAACGGCCUGUACACCAGGUCCCCUCCCAGGCCCAGCCCCGGCAGCCUCCACUACUCCGAUGAGGACGUCACCAAGUACAAUGACCUCAUCCCAGCAGAGAGCAGCAGUCUGACCGAGAAGCCCUCAGAAAUCUCCGACUCUCAGGGAAGUGACAGCGAGUACGAGGUCGACCCAAACCCCCAGAAGGCCCACUCCUUUGUCAACCACUACAUCAGUGACCCCACAUACUACAACUCCUGGCGGCGCCAGCAGAAGGGCAUCUCGCGAGCCCAGGCCUACAGCUACACAGAGAGUGACUCGGGGGAGCCGGACCACGCCACCGUCACCAACAGCAACAGCGCCCAGCAGGGCAGCCUCUUCCGGCCCAAGGCCAGCCGGACUCCAACCCCCCAAAACCCACCGAACCCCCCGAGUCAACAGAGCACCCUCUACCGUCCCCCCAGCAGCCUCGCCCCCGGCUCCCGGGCUCCCAUCGCAGGAUUUUCAUCAUUUGUUUGACGUCAGAAGAGGAAAAAGAAAAAUGAUACCAAACUCCUCCUUCACGCUUCCCAAACCGCCUGCCAGAAAACAAAACACCGAGAAACCAAGUCAACUUUUCACCUCCCAAGCUUAUUUUUCCAGGGAUUCCAGGGCCAGCAAAGCCGGUGUCGAGAAGGAGGGAGAAAAAUGACAAGAGGACAUGGUCGACCAGCCAUGGCCUGGAGGUGCUGGGCUCGCUACCCCACGAGGAUCCGCAGGGCCUGGGCACGGGCUGCCUCACUGCUGCGGUGGGCAGAGGGGCUCAAGCUGCAGGGCAGAGGGAGAGAAGGCACGGGACCCCCAGGCUGUACCACAGGCAAGACCCAAGGAUGGAGAGCCUCUGACAUCCUGCCAACCGCCCGAUUCUGACACGUGCUGGUUCCCGGGCCCUUCACCACACUCCUCUGCAGAAAGGACGGGUGUCCCCAGGCCCAGAGCCUGCGUCUCCCUCUGCACCUUCCCUGGCAGGUGUGGCGUGGUCUUGCCCAACCCCUGCCCGCCAGCCACCUCCGCUGCUCCCCUCCCUCCUCAGCUUCUCCACCAAGCAUCUGGUUUAUUUAGAAAAGGAGAAAAAAACUAAAGGGUGAGAAUCUGCUUAGCGACUUCCUUGUUCCUACAUAUAUAUAUUUUUUAUUUGUUUUUAUUGUGAAUCCAAGGAAGAAGGCCUGCGGGCUGGGGGAGAGUUCCCUGCAAGGAAACCCUGCCUCCCUUUACCUGGAUUCCCUUCCCUGAGCACAGACAAGGCUCAGUCUAGGGAGCAGAGGUGUAAGGUGGCUGGCCUGGGCCCCCAGGCAAAAUUAAGGGCCACACCUUGCAGAAGUCGGCUAGGUUGGGGGGCCAGGAUCACUGCCCGGACAGACAGACCACUCUCCCACAUCCUCCCCACAGCAGCACGCAUGUGUGCGUGCCUGAGCCCACACGUCCUGCACGCACGUGCAAGGAAAGGCUCCAGGAUCCUCCCCUAGAGAAUCCCCUUGGGCCCUCCUGGCCCCACAGCCUGCUCACUCUCAGAUCCGUGUCCCUCUGUCUCUCUGCUGUAGCCAGCUCAGCUCAGCACACAGGGGCCCAGAGACCAGCCCAGUCCCUGAGCCAGAGGUCAGAGCAGCCACCCUAUGCCCAGUCUGCCCAGCACCUGGGUUACAGAGCCAAAGGAUACCACAGCCCCGGGGGACAUCUUCCUGGCUGGACUCAGCAUGGCCAGAGCUGGGACCCAGGAGGGGCCAGUCAGGAAGCCCAGUCCAAACUGGACACCGCAUCUGAGAUGCAUGGUGAGCCCAGCCAGGAGGGCGGGCCAGAUGGGACCGAGAGACAAGAAUAGCUGGCGGGAGGAGAAGCUUUCACACACAUGAUCUGCUCCAAGGAAUGUUCUUUAAAAAGCCACUUCUGGUGGCCUGAUCUUCCCAUCGGCUUGAGCCUCCUCUGAUGCAGCAGUUUAGGGAGAAGCCUUUCCAGCAGAUUCCCUGGGUUAUCUGAGGCCCCUAGGUGACCACAGCAGCCCUGUGAAGCCUGCCCAGGACCAGCCCAUCACUGUGCAUGGCCGGCUGCCCCUCUCUCAGAGGAACUGGCCCAGCCAAGGCAUGUCCCGUUCUGCCUGAGGCCCCUUGGUGGAGUUCUCGAAGCACAGCUGUCCCCCAAAGGAGGAUGGAGGGCCGCUCGGCUCCUCCAGGGAGUCAGGUGCUCAGGGCUGGCCUCGUCUGGAGGCUGCCAUGGAGUCAGCGGGACCCCUGGCCCUGCAGCAUCUGCCUCUUCAGACGCUGCACGUGAUCACGCUGCCCUCUUCCUGCCCUCUCUUCUUCUUCUUCUUCUUUUUUUUUUUUUUUUAAACAAUCUCAUCCUUCCCCCUUUAACCAUUUAAGGAAAUUCCCAGUUUGCAUUCGGGAAUGAUUUUAGCCCAACCCAGUGAGGGAGCUCUGGGGAGGAGACAGGGCUGAGAAAAAAGAUCGUGUGUAUAAUCUGCACAUGAGGCUGAUUGUCCUUUGCCUUUAAUGAAUCACCUGGUGCAAUAAAAUGCCCCCUGCUCCCGCACACUCAUGUGCACCCUUGCUGACACCCAUGUGCAGGUGCAGGACAUGCCCAUGCACACCUGUGCUUACCCACACGCACACACUUUUGAGCACAGGACACACCCAUGUGCGUGUUGGCAAAGGGCUCUUGCAAGUCCCUUGGAUGGCCCAUGCUGCCCCUGCCACCAGCAAGGCGCACGUGGUCUGGGUGACUUGUGCUGGGGAUGUGACUGGGAUCUGGUGCCCAAGAGGGUGAGGACAUUGUGAGUCACAGCUUUUGAAGAGUCCAGGAAGUCAGGCUGGGCCCAAGGUGAACACCCCCGGCUGUGGUCAAUGCCCACCCACCAGAAGUGGUGUCUCCACUGCCCCAGCCACAUCUAGAAGCCCAGGUGGGUCUCCCGGUGCGGAGCUGGAACUCGUCUUACAAAGACAUGACUUUGCUCUCGUUUACAUAUCUCCUGGGCCGGUGGAAGCUCCUGGCACCUCCUCCCAGACACCUGGCCACAUUGGCAGGGUGUGGUGGGCACUGCCAGAGGGUAAUGGGGAGACCUGAGCCAGUGAUGCCAGGACCCUGCCUGUGCCGCUGUGCUGGAAGCGGGUGCACACCAGGACACACCUGGCCCCUUUGCUAUUGCCCUGCUGUGCCCUAAGGGAACCUGGCGCCCAUGCCAGGCACACCAGGCUGCCCUCUCCCCUCUCCUGGCUGUGCCUCCUGCAUUCACGAAAGCUCUGCACCCAGACGCCAAGACAAACCAAAUAGAAGCCCUGGAUUCAGAAGCACCUUCCUUCUAGGGCUCCAAGAAGUUGGCAAACCCAGGCUCACCCCCGGCCCCCUCCCCAAACCCAACACUGCCCUGAGUCAGAGGUACGAGGACACGGCAGCACUGCCUCAUCCACGUGUGCUUCUAGAGGCCUUCUGUCACUGCCCGGGAUCCGGGCAGCACCCCUAAGGUGCCAGCACCUCACGAUCAGACACUCUGGGCAGGGGCUUCCCUCACUGUCCCCGAGAGCACAGUGGAAGUACCCACACUGGCGGAGGGGCCAGUGGGCAGGAGGGAAGCGGGGACCCUCUGAGCAGCCACCACCAGCUCCCGAGUGCCUCUGUAUGGUCCUGUCCAGGGACACCACCCUGACUGCCACCCUGAGCACAGGUGCCCCCUUAGGAUCACCCCCUCCUCUGUUUCCAUAAAAAGAACCAAAAGCAUUUAAACGUGUUACCUUUCUUCACCCAUGUAGACUCCAAAAACAGAAUCAAUACAGAUCUUUAUUUUUUGAUUUAAAAGAUAUAAAAGAAAAAUUAAGGGAGAGAAUUCAUUAUGGCAGGUGUCUAUCUGUAAGAAAAAAAUAUAUAUGUAUAUGUCACAUAGCUUGUUAGCAGGUUUAUUUUUUAAAUGAAAAGGUGAAAGAAAUUGAUUUGAAAUAUAUACCACGAGAAGUCCCAUGUCCUGUCAAACUGUCAGUAUUUUAUAA